CGAGAUCAUACAAAUAGAUGGAGAGCCGAUUUGUUCUAGCUCUGCGUCCGCGAACCUUUUUAUUGAGUUUCUGCUCUUGUUCGUCUGUCUUUGGUGAUGUUUGAGAACUGGUACAGCUAUGGGAAGAAGAGCUUUUGAGAACUCAGAGCAAAUCAAUAUAUCGGGCAAGCACUUAAUUGAUCGAUACACCUGUAGCAGCUAUGUGUAGCUUGUCUGGUGGCGAACUGCAGCGUGUCGCGAUAGCAGGAGUGAUUCUCAAAAACUCGAAGAUUGUCCUCCUGGACAAAGCCACCAGCAGUCUAGACAGCGAGAUCGAAGCAUCGCCUAUCUACUGUCAUGGAUGCGGAUCAGAUUCUUGUAGUGAAGGAUGGGAGGAUUUUGGAGAGGGGAACACAUUCUGAACUGCAAAGGAUAUUACUAUAGUCUGUGCAAACUACAAUGUAUUUUUUACAGUUGACCUGAUGGAGAACCAAUCAGAUAUUUA